CCGCAGCUGGGGAGCCAGUGGCGGCCGAGCGCGGGUGGUUGGGCCUGCGGGGCCUGCGGGCACGCGCCUGCGCGGCCGCCGAGGUCCCUGGGGGAAGUAGGGGAGCUGCUGACGCCGGCCUGCACGCGCCUCCCGGCGGCUGGCGGCGCGCGCAAGGGCGGGGGUGGUGCGUGCGUGUGUGUGGUGUGUGUGUGUGUGUGUGUGUGUGGAGCUCUGGCGCGGAGCGCCAGCCACUAGUCCCCGGGUGCGAAUCCCCCACCGUCCUCCACACCCUCCCUCCGUCCCCCCCUCCUUCCCUUCCACCCUCCCGCGGCCCCACGGCCGCAAGCAGAGCGAGAGCUCGGGGAAGCAGGUGUGGGCAGCGGGCGGGGUCGCACGAGACAAAAGGGGCGCGGGGGUCAGCCCGCCAUGGCCUCCCGGAGCCUGGGGGGCCUGGGCGGGAACCGCGGCGGGGGCGGCGGCGGCGGCAGGAAGAGCCUGAGCGCCCGCAACGCCGCGGUGGAGAGGAGGAACCUGAUCACGGUGUGCAGGUUUUCUGUGAAGACCCUGAUUGAUCGGUCCUGCUUUGAGACAAUUGAUGAUUCUUCUCCUGAAUUUAACAAUUUUGCCGCUAUUUUGGAACAGAUUCUAAGUCACCGGCUGAAAGAGAUUUCCCAAAGUUGCCGAUGGCUGGCUCAUCUCCAAAUACCUCUUCAAGGUCAAGUAACCUGGUUUGGUUAUGAAAGUCCUCGUAGCUUCUGGGACUAUAUCAGAGUGGCUUGCCGGAAAGUUUCACAGAACUGUAUCUGCAGCAUUGAAAAUAUGGAAAAUGUCAGUUCCUCUAGAGCUAAGGGUAGAGCCUGGAUCAGAGUAGCACUCAUGGAAAAACAUUUAUCUGAAUACAUCUCUACAGCUCUGAGAGACUUCAAAACAACCAGGAGAUUUUAUGAAGAUGGAGCAAUUGUCUUGGGUGAGGAAGCAAAUAUGCUUGCUGGCAUGCUGCUUGGACUCAAUGCUAUUGAUUUCAGCUUCUGCCUGAAGGGAGAAGGAUUAGAUGGCAACUUUCCUGCUGUAAUAGACUAUACACCAUAUUUGAAGUUUACCCAAAGUUCUGACAGCAUCAGCAGUGAUGAGGAAGAGCUGAGGACUUUGGGAAGCAGUGGUAGUGAAAGCAGCACUCCAGAGAACAUCGGGCCUCCUUUCAUCAUGGAUGAGAAUAGUUGGUUCAACAAGUGUAAGAGAGUUAAACAAAAAUAUCAGCUAACACUGGAACAGAAGGGUUAUCUUGAAGAACUCUUACGACUUCGAGAGAACCAGCUGUCUGAAUCUGUCGCUCAGAAUAAAAUACUACUACAGAGGAUUGAAGAUUCUGAUCUGGCUCAUAAAUUGGAGAAGGAACAACUAGAAUAUAUAAUUGUGGAGCUUCAAGAUCAGCUGACUGUGCUAAAGAAUAAUGAUUUAAGAUCAAGACAAGAGUUAACUGCCCACCUCACCAACCAGUGGCCUUCCCCAGGAGCUCUGGAUGUCAAUGCUGUUGCCUUGGAUACGUUGCUUUACCGAAAACACAAUAAACAGUGGUAUGAAAAAAGUUGUCAAAGUCUUGACCAGUUAUCAGCUGAAGUUAGCCUUUCUCAGACUUCACUGGAUCCAGGUCAGUCACAAGGAGGUGGAAAACGAGACACAUUAAAUUUAAUCAGUGAAGUCAUGUUAGGACACAGUGAGAAGACUGCUGUCUGUGAACCAGGAAAUGGACUAUCACCGGACAGUGAAUCUGCAGGCACCUUGAUCUUGGAUCUCCCAGUCUCCAGAACCGUAAAGAAGAUACUCCCUCAUUACUUGGUCUCUGUGGGUCUCUAACAUCAGUGGCAAGUUACAAAUCUCUAACAAGCCUAAAAUCUAAUGACUACCUUGCAAGUCCUACAACAGAGAUGACAAGUCCAGGUCUAACUCCAUCCUGAAAAAUUUUAUGUAAAAGCCAAAAGUUUUUAUGUUGCAAAUGUUCUAUUUAUGUAAGUUUGACUGCUGGGAAAACAUCUGGAAUUUUAUAUUGCUCUGGCACAUGUCUGGAAUUCUGUCGCUUAUAUUAGAGAAUUCAGUCCACUCCAUGUAAACUUCUAAGUGAAAACAAAAUGACUCUGACACUUUUCAUUUUAAAAUUCCUAUAUUUGUCACUGAGGAAGUUUAAAAAUGAAUAGGCUUAAAAAAAACUUUCAGAGAUCCUCUAAGUUAAUCAUCCAUGGCAAAUUGUACACAUUUAUUAUUGAGCUGAUUUUCAUAUAUUUAAACGUGUCAUAAUUGCCAGAGACCGAGUUCAAGGUUUUAUUCUAGAGACUUAAGCUAAGUAUUUUCUUUUGCUCUUUUAUUCAGUGAUUAAAUUUUCUAAGAAUGAGUUACUUCAUUUUUCAUGAAUUUCUUCCCAAGUUCUGAUAUUGAAAUGCCUUGUCUUUAAAGUGAAGAGAAAGGUUCUUAGCUGCAGUUUCACAGUGGCUUAUUCAGUUUUUCUUUAUCAUUUGGCAUCAACCUAACAUUCCACUUAACAUUUUAUAAAUUUUGUAGGAUGUGUCGUUAGGCAGUUACUAAAGUUGUUAGGGUCACAGGGAAAGUGUUUCACAGUAUUUUAGACCAUUAAGGUAAAGUGAAUACAUUUUUUGUUUUUCCAAGAUUUUCUUAAAAGUUUAUCAAUUUCAAAAUUGAUCAAAUUUAUGUCUCAUAAACUGGAAACAUUUAAAAAUGUAGAGCAGAUUUUGAAAAAGUAUUUUAUCAGGAAAGAGUUCAAGUUCAUUUAAGAUCUGAGAAGCUUUUAAAGUUAAGGAUCAGUAGGCUAAUCACCAUACUUAACAAUGUGUCUGACAUCCAGUGCUGUUUUCUGCCUCGUAUGCAAGAAUGAAUUGUGUCAUACAUGCUUUACAGCUUCUGUCAUUAAUCAUACCAUAAUCUCAUUUUAAAAUUGAUGUUAAUGUUAAAAGUUACUCCACUUCUACAGGUAAAAAAUUAGUUUUUUUUUAAAAAGCCAUGAGCCGGCUUUUAAAUUUUUGCAAAUUUUGGAACUGUACAUUUGUCCCUAAAAAUUCCACCAUGUUGAAAGAGAAAAUGUAUGAAGUAUAUUUUCUGUAGUAAGUGAUAUGAGGAAAACAUGAUCAGCUGUGCCAAAGAAGUUUUUAUACAUUGUUUACAUGAAGAGGCUACUACAGUACUUAUUGGGGACUUCAUAUGCCAUUUUUAUUUGUUAACAAAACACUACAUUCAAACUUAGUAACUUUGACAUAUAGAAUGUUCCUCCUAAAAUAUUUGAUUGAGAGGAGACAAGAAGCACUUGUUACAGUCAUUCUUUGUAUUAGAAAUGUGGGAGUGUGGUGGUUCUCUGAAAUAUUUAGAGCGUUACGCUCAUCAUUUGGAAUUUAAGAUAAUAAAUAGUAACAAGGCUAGUCUUAUAUGUAAGACCAUUCAAACAGUGUCAUUUCAGGGACAAAGAAGCCCUGAAAUCCCUUAAAAUAAAUUAUCUUAGAUGUACCAGAACAUAUUCAGAGCUUUAUUCCUUUAGCUUGAGGCUUUAGUACUUGCAGUAAUGCAAAUAUUGAGAAAUGGUACCUUUCUUCUUAAUUCUGUACACAUUAUUGUGAGUGAGAGGUAUCUAAAGCAAUCUGUAAUCAGCCUGGGGGAACAGAAGGAAGGUUUAAAUGGGGACAGUGGAAACCUUGGGAGGAGGGAAUGAGAAUGGUUAAGGAGGGGAACUUCAAAAAUUUUAGGCUAGCCUUAAGCACUAUUGCUGCUUUCCUAACAGCUAUCAGAAUGUUUAAAUGCUUUCAUUCAUGGUCCACUCUCAAAUGUCAUUUAUUAUCCUUCAGUAAUUAAAAAAAAAAUCAUUGUUAAAUUUUUUCCAUACAUUUUUAUAAUAUAGAAACACAAGGUUCCAUAAUUGAUCAAGUUUUUCAGAUUUGCCUAAUGUGUAUAAUAACUUGUGCAUCUUAACAUGCUGCUAAAUGCAGAUUUAAACAUGACAUCUGAGGAUAAUGACUUUUUCUCCUUUCUUGGAGCUCUUGGUAUAAAAUUCAUCUGCUAAUGUGACUUCAGGUUUCUACACAGUUCAUUCCACACUAGUUAUAGAGGUAGUUUGUUAAUGUUUGCAUGAGGUAUGUCUCAAUCUUUAAUUUUAGGUGGUAGUGUUUCUUGUUCACACACCCUCCCCUAUAUAGAAUGCUAAACUAUAUGCUACUAUUUCCAUGUGUAUUUUGUUGCCUUGAUGUACGACACUUGUUGCAUGUAUAUUAAACAUUUUGUACCAUGCA